AUCAGUUUUAAACUGCCAAGGUCUUGGUUAUUCAAUGACUUUAAAUGGGGAAGUUAAAGCUGAGAAUGUUCUGGCUGGAAAAUAAAAGCGUAUGAAAUAGUUCUCCAUGGAAUGGCUGGUGAGUGGUCAUCAACGACAGGCAAUUUGAAGAAUUUCUACUGGGACUGGAGAAAAUUGUAUGGAAGGCAUUCAAGGAUGUUGUUGAAAAUUUUUUUGGCAACUAUAGAGUAUCAAACUACAUGCAGCUGGUUGACAACAUGCUUCAAGUAUACAAAACCAUGCAGUGCAACUUAUCACUAAAGAUUCAUUUUCUGCAUGACCAUUUAUACUUUUUCUCUGCAAAUCCUGGCACUGUUAGUGACAAGCAUGGUGAAAUGUUUCACCAGGACAUCGUGGUCACGGAGUAAUGUACCAGGGCAACUGGAAUCGAUCAAUGCUUGCUGAUUAUUGUUGGACACUUAAACAAGAAACCUCAGACACAGAGUACAAAUGAAAAUCACCAAAAUAUUUUAGCUUAGUUGAACCAUUGAAAAGCUUCAGCACUGUUAUGCAAUUAAAUACAUUAUAUUCAAAAAAAGUUAAUUUCUUGUUUCCUCAAAUUCCUACUCGAUACAAGUAGACUGAAAUUAUAUUUGUGCUCAGCAUCGAGGUCUAUCGCAACCACUAAAAGUUUCUGAGAAAGCACCAUUUUCAAAAAAGAAAAAUUGCUGCCCAAUGUAAUGAGAGGUCAGAGGAGAAAGACCAGACUGGAGCUGACAGGAAGGUGACAGUAACUCAAAUAACCGCAUUUUACAACAAUUGUGUGCAGAAGAGAUUUUCGGAAUGCACAUGGCAAACCUGGAAGUGGAUGUUCUACAGCAGCAGAAAGUACCUAAUAAAGUGGCCACUGAAUGAAUUUUGUCUGAUCAAGCUGAUUGAUGUGAACAAUAGAAAAUAGCAAUUUUACAAAGCUUUUUUGGAAACAUGAUCCCUUCAGCAGAUCAUAUUUACAAUAAAAAAUAAUCUCUUUUGCUGAGCUUAGUUAUCGUUUUGAAGUCUCCAGAAACCUGUCACUAUGCUGAUUCAAAUUGCAAAGUCACUAAGUCACCAUGUGUACUAAAGCAGUAGUGAGAUUCAACAUUUUGUGUGGAAGAUGCAUCACAGGUGACCCUCACUAGAUAACAUCAGCCCAGAAAAAAUCAUUUGACUAGUGAAAACUACAUUAUUCAUUAGUCACUCCAUAACUUGACAAACAUUGAGUUAAUUCAUAUCAGAACCAUGCUGUUCAGUACACCUUUAUAUUUAUCUUGUUAGUAGAUGCACACAUAUCAAUGGCUAUGAAAACCAAUAGAUAUUAGUCAUAGAUCCUCUGUGAAAUAUACAAUUGGCAAAAUCACUGUAUCAAAAGUUUGACAUCACAGUGAAGACCACGUACACAAGGUAGAAAACCUGAACCUGGUUCUUUUGCAGGCUGUUGACCUGAAUUUUGCCUCCAGAUGCUGCUUAAGCCAUUGAGUUCUUCCAAAGUUCCAUUUUAUUUCUGUUGAAGUAGAAAACCAUUCAUGAAGAUCACAGCUGAUUCCAUGGCUUGAGAUCUACUUGCUGCUGAAUCCCCAGAUCUCUCGAUUAUAUUAGUUUUCAAAAAUUGAUUGAGCUCAGCCUCAAUGAUUGUGCAUCCACUAUCCUCUCGGGAGAUUGAAAGAAAUCCCCAACCCUUUGCAUAAUGAGCAUCAAAUUAUCUUCAGUAGGAACUCAGGGAGUUGAGCAGUCUGUGGGAAGUGAGGAAUUGUUGACUAUUUAAGGUCCAAACACAGCAUCAAUCCUAGUGGGUUGAGUUCCUCCAGAAGAUUUUUGUUGCUCCAGAUUCCAGUAUCUAGUCUCUUGUAUUUCCUUUUCAUGAAGAGGUCCUUCCUCAUCUCCUCUCUUUAACAGGAGGCCAGAAUACUUCUAGUAUAGACUUGUUCUUGGGGCAUCACUUCUAUCAAGUACAUUUUAUUAUGCUGUUACUUUCAAUUUUCAAGUUGACUUGUCCCAUGUACAUUGAAACAUAAACAUAGUGAAAUGCAUUGUUUGCAUGAACAGCAAACACACCUGAGGGUGUGCUGGGGACAGCCCACAAAUGUCGCCACACUCUGGUGCAAACAUAGCGUGUCCACAAUGCUUGACAGAAUGACACAGAACACAAACAACAAACAGCAAAAUCAGGCCCCAUUCUUCCCUCCCACUCAAGUACAUACAGGUACAUAGUUUUUAAACUCCAGGAUAGGCCUCCAGCUCCAGCAGACACAGAUUUGGGCAUGCAGAAUUUCGACCUCCCCAGCAGUAUCAAUGAUUCGCAGACUCUGCUCCAGAUAACGGACCUCAACCUUUGAGCUUCUGAUUCGUUAUCAGGCCUUGAUUCUCAGCAUUAAUCCCAGGGCAAGCUAAUCACCCAACACCAGGCCUCAAAAUCCCAAAAUAUCAAAGGCAGGAACCCAAGUACUAGCCCUAGAACUCCUUGCACAUGGUAAGUUAUUGUUUUCCAAAUUGGACAGUUGUAUGAAUGAUACUUGCAGUUAUCAUAAUCUCCAUCUUCAGCAACGCCUAAACCCAUUCUGCCCACAAAAGUCUACUUUCAAAUUUUUGCUUUAUGUCACACCAUACAGCUAACAAGCACUGUGAAAGAGACCCCGGGAGAAUAAAUAAUUCUGCAAUAUGACAUAAUGUUAGUAACUGGGAGUCAGGUCAGUACUAGGCUGGUCUCACUACUUCUCUGUUUCUAGAGGAAAACUGUCACCGAGGGGCCAAAGUCAGAACUAAAACUCUGCAGAAACUGGAAACGUCUCUCAAAUGACCAUUCUUGCAGAUGCCGUUCUCAAACCAUCCAAACCCAUUGAUUCUGAGCAAACAUCUCCUGCAGUUGAACACUGGGAACACUAAAGACACUGUCUUCCAUUCCUCGCCACUGAAUCUUGCAUUUAUUGCAUCUUCCACCCCUGAAAAUGACACCUUGCCUGACUGAUGAGAGUUAUCAGUCUGACAUCCUCUUCAACAGUCAACUUCCAGUACACACUUCAUACCUACUCCUACUCUAGCUCUUCAGUUGCUGAAACACUCCCUCUUGCCUGUAGUCACCCCAGAUUCCACUUUCUAAAUGCCUUGCUCUACUGUCUUUCCAUCUUCCAAUCUCUUCCAAGCUUAAGUCUAUUCAAAGUUCAAACUGUAUCUUAUGUUGCAUCAUCUCUUGUACCACUCACCCAUAUUGCCAAUUUGUUCUGCUUACAUUCUCAUGCCACCAUUUCAAAUUGCACUGCUGUUAUUUUCAAAUUAGUCUAGGGUUCUUAAGCCUCCUUCACUCCAAGAACAUCUGGAAAUCCACUUCCAACCUCUUGUACAUUCUCAGCUGUCAUCCCAAGCUACCUCAACUGUAGACAUACUGGAAGUCCCUCCCUAAAUCUCUGCUCAGCACUUUUUUUAACUGUUUGUUAUGAAGCUCUUUUCCUCUUCACAAAUAUUUUUUUAAAUGAAGCUUGCUGUAAAUUAGUUUCUAAAUGUCCAGUAAUUUUUUUAUUAAAUGAGCCUGGGCUGUAACUAAUUCCAGUUUUUUUGCACAGAUAAAGGGAAUAAGCUCUCCAAGCUCAAUCUUAUUUCCCACUGUGGGGGUUCUGCGUUUAAUGUGAUUAGUCUACUGUACCUCAGCUGAGAGCACUCAGACCUCAUUGGCCUUAAUGAAAACAGAUAAAUACUGCAAUAUUCACCAUGACAGACCUCAUCUGUGGGAACAGUCAUCAUUUCAGAUUGACACCCUUCAUCAGAGCUGAAAAAGAGAUCAUCUCUGUCCUGAAACAUAGUUUGUUUCCCUUCUCACAGUUGUGGCCUGAUCUGCUUCCAGCUUGUUCUUAUUGGUCUUAACAUUUUCUUGGUGUUAAACCAUGACAACAUUUUUCCUUAGACACAAACUCUGAAAAGUAGCCUCAGAAAUCAUGUCAUAACUCAUGUAUCAAAUUGGCUUUUGUUUAAAGUUGGAAUCAUUUCAUGUUCAAGUUUUAUAAGCUGCCAAAAUUAACCCAAAGCCAUUUAACUGUAGCCCCAGUGACCCACUGAUUGCUCUUUUACUUCAACUGUUUGACAAGAAUCCCCAUUUGCUGUGUAACAUUUUGCAAUGAUUUUGUGGUGAUGAUUCACAAAUAAAUUUGCUGCAUUGCAACAUGGAUUUAAAAGCAAAUGAACAAAGGUUGGAGAAUAUACUUUUCACAGGCAAAAUGUUUAACUGGAAUACACCAAAAUUCAGUUAGAGUGAAGCUUAUUCAAAUACUCUCUUCCAAAAAAGAUGCUGAAAUUUCUGUUUUAAGGAUUGUGGUAUGAACCUGAAACUGGCUGCACAUUUGCAGGGGGACUGCCAGUCAGAAACUGCUUCCUGCACUGAACUGAAAUAUAUAUUUUUGCGUUGAAAAUGUACACCUAAAUGAAGCCAAUCAAAGCACCUAAUUUGCCUGUGCUUGGUCUGACUGGAUGUGUCUUAUCUCAUGCAUGAUCCUCUGAUAUCAGAUGUAUAAUUUUGUUUUUUGUAGAUGAUAAUGAACACUAGUGCUCAAUAUUUUGUUACUUGAGAUUGACAAAAAUCAAACCGAGUAGUGAUAAUUCUGUAAUAAAUUUAGCUGAUAUACAAAACGUUUUCAACAGCUGAUAAAUUCCACUAAUACAAUGAAAGCUCACAGAUUUUUUAAGUAUCUAAGCAACAGACUGUUUAAAAUCAAGUGCUAUAAGCAAAUAAUCCUUCCAGUGAUGGGCUUAUAUUUCUAAAUUAGAGAACCUGCUAUUGAUGGAUGUAUGUUCUUGUUUGCUGUCAAUUCUGAACUGAUGAAAAAUAACCUUCAGAAGAGAUCACUUGCUAUUGUUACGAAUGUCCCACAACUCCGAGGGGCCAAAGGGUACAAUGUAGCCCCCUCCUUUUUGAGAAUCGCAAGAUCACUAUUAAGUCAGUUCAGGAGACCCAGGAAAUGAGAGAAAGACAUGCUGAAUCCACAAAGAGUUUGGAAUAUGUCCUGGCCUCCGAAAGGCGGAACCAUUGAUACCGGCUAUUGUCUCUUGGAGACGGAAUUGUGUAUUGAAUCCUGUACGAUGCAUCGAAGCCCCCAGACAAUGAACCGGGGGGGGGGGUUGGUGGAGGGAUUGCAUCAUCCCAACCUGAUUGACAUCUGAGACCCUGUGAGUCAGGAUAAAAGAGGGUCUGUGGGAACAGCCCCUCAGACGCACCAGAAGAAACGCUAGAACUCCUGUAACAGCGUAAUAGCGAAAGCCGGUGGAAACAGCCCACGUGCGUCCCUUUCCAUUUGCCUCGGAAUUGGUGGGUCUUGCCACGGAAGCACAGCUUUAGCUAACCACAAAGGGGAAACCAGUCCCCCAACGACUCUCGAAGGAUUGACAUCAUAAAAGGAAUGGUCAAGUUAAACCUCCGUCUUUCUCUCCAACCAAAGAAGGCUGCAGCCUACAGCUUGAAUGAACUAAAGUGCCUUUUAUAUUUCCAUCGGACAAUACAUUAUCCCCUAGACGAUAGAGCUAUUUCUUAUUGAGUAUUAUUAUACCUGUGCUUUUAGAUUUAGUAUUGACGACGUAUAUUAUCCGUAUGUUUGCAUUGAUAUUAUUUUUGUGUUUUUUUUUUAUCAAUAAAUACUGUUAAAAAUAGUACCAUCAGACUUCAAUGGACCUCUCUAUCUUUGCUGGUAAGUGACCCAGUUACAGGGUACGUAACACUAUGAACAUUUCUAAAUGCGACAUCAGGAAUAUAGUGGAAAACAAGAUGAGAAAGUACAGUUCCAAAACACUGAAGAUAGUUUAUUACAAGAGAUUGUGAUUUAAAAUGUAGCCAAAAAGUCCUGUUAAUUAUCUCCCCUCCUUCAGCUGCUGAAUUCUUAUCAGUAUUGACAGAAAAACAGACUGACAAGGACAAUGAAUAUACUGUGAGGGUUCCUAAAGUAACACUGUAGUAGAAAACAGGAGCAGAGCUCCGGUACAGAGGGAAAGUAGAAUACAAAAGUAGAAAAUGAAGAGAGAAUGCGUGGGUGUGAGGGGUCCUUUAUUAUGUUGCCUGCUUUCCCAAAGGCAGCAGGAAAUGUAGACAGAGUUAAUGGGGGGGAAACUGGUUCACAUGAUAGACUGAGCUGUUUUCAGAACUCACAAUUUCUUGCGGUCUUGGAACAGAGCAGAGAAAUGAAAAAAUAUAAGAAAGGUACCGCAAACCUGACAGUUCCUAAAAUUAAACAAAGUCUAGUGGUUGAGGAAGUAUGAAGGGAAAUAUAAAAUGGCUGUGCAAGAUCAAAGACAUGGAUACAGCACGGAAAGCUGUGAGGCCAAAAAUAUAGAAAUGCAAUGUCCUUUAAAUGAUAAGAGAUUGAAAGGUGUUGAUGCUAAGAGACGCCAGUGUUUUUAUAUGGUAGAUACAUAGAUCCACCAAGCAAUUUGGAAGAAAUAUAUUGCAAGAGGAUUUGAAUAAAAGAACAGGGUUUGUUAAAAGUGAUUAAGCAGUCUAGGUCUGUACUCUUUGAGUUCAGAAGAAUUUUAGACAUUCAUUGACAUGUACAAAAUUCUACAUAGAAGCCAGUAAUUCCCUUAGCAGGAAUGUCUAAAUCCACUAAUUGCAGUCUCAAUACAAAUGAGAAUGGCUUGAGGGAAUAAAUGUCUUUCAAUAAAAGGCCAUGAACUUUUGAAUAUCACUAUCAAAAGAGGGAAAUAAGCAACUCUCGUUCUUAUGCUACAUUUGGCUCCGAAUCACUUUGACAAGAAUACAUAGGUCAGAAUACUAUUGAUACAUGACACUAUAAUUCCAAAUAUGCUUUUCUCCAAACACUUGGACUUAGCCUUGAAGUCCGCUCUGCAACCAGUGUCUAAACUUUUUGACUGGCAGAUGUCAAUCGAUUAGAAUUGGCCAAACCAUUUCAGUCACCCCCAUGCUCCCAGCUUUGUUUACUCAAUCCCAGUCUAUUGUGUGGCUGGAUAAAGCAUCAACUCUAUGUUUAAAUCAGCCAGCUGGUGGUGCAGUGGCAUCCGCACUGGACUUUGAGUCAAGUGGCCCAGGGUUCAAAUCUGGCCAGCUCCUUGCUCACUUUCCAUUCGUGCUGGGUUGAGCGUUGAGCUAGCAACUUGGCCUUGUUAAAAAAAAAGGAAAAAAGUGCAAAAGAAACAGCAAUUUUGCCAUGUGAUGCACCCAAAGGUGCGGAAAGAAACAACAUUCUUUAAGUCGCUAAUGAUACCAAUGUUAUAGACUAGAAGAACAAUAAGACUGAGUACAGAAAAGAGAUCACAAAUAUUGUGCCAUGGUCUCAGAACAACAAUCUAGCCCUUCAUGUAAUCAAGACAAAAGAGCUGGUUAUUGACCCACAAAUGCAGGGAGGUGAACACUACAGAGCUGCUGCGGAGGUAGUCAACAGCUUCAAGUUUCUAGGGAUCCAUAUCAUCAGCAUAGUUACUUUAUCCCUCCAUACUGAUGUGAUGGUGAAGGAAGUGCAUCAGUGUGUGUACUUAGUGAAAAAGGAUCUAGUGCUUUCCCUGCAUAUAUGACAAAUCAAUUUCUUCUUGGGCUUCCAGUCAGGUACAGAUAUUGUUUAUAACCAACAUUUUGAUGACAAACUCUUUGCCAUCUUCUUCAGGGAUACUAUCAUACAAAGGAACCAUCCAAUAGUCUCAUAACAUCAGGGUAGAUGCUGACCUUGGCCUGGUGGUGGUGGUGGUACAUGCCUUGAGGAUUUUGUAUCUUCUGUCCAAUGGGAGAGGGCAGAAAAGAGAAUGUCUGGGGUGGGUGGGGUCUUUAAUUAUAAUGGCUGCUUUAUUGAGACAGUGAGAAAUAUUGAUAGAAUACAUGGAAGGGAAACUGAUUUCCAUGUUGUACCAAACUGUCCACAACUCUGUAAUUUUUUGCUGUCAUGGGCAGAGCUGUUGCAUCCAAAUAGGAUACUUUCCAUGACACAUUGAAAAUAAUUGCUAAGGGUUGACAAAGGUUUGACAAAUUUUUUUAGCGUCCCAAGUCUGAAAUAACCGGAGGCCCAUAAGCCAGUCCUCAUGGGGAAAAUCUGAGCUGGAAAAUGUCAGCAAUUUAACUUCCAUGGUAUCAUUUCAGAGGUGUCCUGGGUCCAGCACAUAAGUGCCAUUACAAAGAAAGCACUGCAGUGCAUUGACUUUCAACUAAGUUUGUAAAGGUUCAGUAUUUCAUCUCAAUUAUAUGAGAAACUUCUAUAAAAGUGCGGUGGAAAGUAUAUUUAUGGGUUGCAUCAUGGCCUGGUAUGGAAACACAAAUGCUCUUUAACAGAAAAGCCUACAAAAACUAGUGGAUACAGCCCAGUCCAUCACAAGUAAAGCCCUCCCCAACACGGAGCAUAUGCACAUGGAGUACUGUCACAAGAGCGUAGCAUCCAUCAUCAUAGACCCUACCAUCCAGGCCAUACUUUCUUCUCGCCAUUGCCAUCAGGUAGAAGGUAAAGGAGCCUCAGUGGCCACACCACCAGGCUCAGGAACAGUUAUUACUCCUCAAUCAUCAGGCUCCUGAACCACAGGGAGUAACUUCACUGAGCUGCUCCCACAACUUAUGGAUUCACUUUCAAGUACUCUUCAUCUUAUGUUCUCGAAAUUCAUUGCUUAUUUAUUAUUCCUUUUUUUCUUUCUUUUUGUAUUUGCAUAGUUUGUUGUCUUUUGCACAUUCAUCAUUUGUCCAUCCAGUUGGGUGCAGAAUUUCAUUGCGUUUCUUGUACUGUUAAUGCCCACAAGAAAAUGAAUCUCAGGGUUGUAUAUGGUGACAUACUGUAUAUGUACUUUGACAAUAAAUUUAUUUUGAAAUUUGAUGAAGUAGAGGUAUAAAUGAGCUUUCUUAGCUGUGGCAUCUAUGUGGUUGUACCAGGACAGGCUACUGAUGUUCACCUCCUAGAAGCUGAAGUUCUCAACCCUGUCAACCUCUACAACACUGAUACAGACAAGGAGCACAAGCACUGCCACCCUUCCUGAAGGCAAUAACCAACUCUUUUGUCUUGCUGACAUUGAGGGGAAAUAUGUUAUCUAUGUCAUCAUGCUAGUAUAUUCUCCAUCUCCUUUCUGUACUCUGACUCAUCAUUAUUUGAGACAGCUCUCACUCAGCUCUUACCAGUGGGUUCCUCAUAGCUGUUUGCAUGCAACAGCGGCCACACCCUGGGCAACGGCUUCGACUGGCCGGCAAAACCUGGUGAGGGUAGCCAAUGGGCCUCAAACCCUUGGUGAGUUAGGGUUUGUCUACCUACACAUGCAAAGACUAAAUUCAACGGACUACGCGGAGGAGACCACCAGUUGGCAGUCCAACGAGUAGAAAGGCGGACCCAACAAAGCAUUGUGGAGCGCAAUCCGGGCACAGUGAGACACAUAGGACACUGCUGGCUAUCCACUGCAUCCUAACUUAUCUCCAGCCGUCUCAACUCCGUCUUGCAACUGGAUACAGAUAGGUUGGGACGAGAGAGUGAGGCUGACGAUUUGCGCAACUCUCCCUCACUUUAAUCCAAGUGCAAGUCACGACUCCAAACCCAUUCCGCUAAAAAACUUCAAGUCCUGUGGCAUUGGGUGGGUGGCGAAGCAGCAGGUGUGGAUACACUGGAAGCUGUAGUCACAAACCUGCACACAGGCGGCCCGGGGUAUUGGGUUGUUCUCCGCUGGAAUGAAGCAGCAGUGGAGCUCGGCAGCCCCCUGGCUGUCUGAGCAGUCCUCUUUAGGAAUCGCUCUUCUCACCUCCAUGGAGGAAGGGGCUAGAAAAGGUGCCUCAAACAUAGCCUGCUUCAUCUUACCCUGGCCAGCACACCGCAGCUGGCGGGGAUCCCACUCAGCGGUUGAACUACAAAGACGACAAAAGUGAAGGUGCUCAACCUUAGCACGUGGAACGUGCGAACUCUGCUUGACAUUACCAAGGCUGUCAGACCAGAAAGAAGAACAGCACUGGUCGCCAAAGAACUAGCCCGCUAUAACAUGGACAUUGCAGCACUCAGCAAAACACGCCUAGCAGACAAGGGCCAGCUUACAGAAGGUGGUGGUGGGUACACCUUCUGGAGCAGCACUGAACAACGAGAGGCUGGUGUUGGAUUUGCCAUCCAAUCCCACCUCACUCAUAAACUUGCCAAGCUUCCAGAGGGCAUCAACGAUCGCCUGAUAACGCUUCGGCUCCCACUUGGCAAUAAGAGGAGUGCAACGUUGAUCAGUGCAUAUGCCCCAACGAUGACCAACCCAGAUGACAUCAAAGAUAAGUUCUAUGAAGAACUUGACACCCUCAUAGCAGCAGUCCCACAGUCAGAGAAGCUUAUUGUCCUCGGGGACUUUAACGCCAGAGUGGGGACAGAUUACCAGACCUGGGAAGGGAUUCUUGGAAGACAUGGUUUUGGCAAGUGUAACAGCAAUGGCCUGCUGCUCCUCAAGACGUGCGCUACGCAUGACCUUGUCAUCACCAACACCCUAUUCCACCUCCUUACCCGUAACAAGACAUCUUGGAUGCAUCCAUGCUCUAGGCACUGGCAUCUGAUUGACUAUGUCAUCACCAGAAAAAGGGACUGGCAAGACGUGACAGUGACAAAGGCCAUGUGUGGUGCCGACUGCUGGACGGAUCAUCGACUCAUUGUGUCCAAGCUUAAACUUCACAUCCUGCCUGUGAGAAGACCCCAAGGUCAGAAGACUGCAAAGAGGCUAAAUGUCUCCAAGCUGAAGAGCAGCGUAAUUGCAGGAAAAUUUCGUGAAGACCUAGAUAGCAGGCUGCUUGACACACCCCAGGAUGACCACACCAGCAUUGAAGAGCAGUGGAUGGCUUUCAGAGAUGCAGUCUACUCUACUGCUCUCAAAAACCUCGGACCAGCAAUCCGUAGAUAUCAAGACUGGUUUGAUGAGAACGACGAGGAGAUACAGGCACUGUUGUCAGAGAAACACCAACUGUUCAGAGCGCACCAGAACGAUCCCACAUCACAAGCAAAGAUAGAUGCCUUCGCCAGUGCAAGACGGAAAGUGCAGAAGAAACUCCCGUGAGAUGCAGGAUGUCUGGUUCAGCAAUAAGGCCGAUGAGAUCCAGGGCUACGCAGACAGUCACGACACCAAGCGUUUCUACAACCCUUUGAAGACUAUGUAUGGACCUCAGUCCUCUGGCUCCUCCCCCCUCCUUAGUGCAGAUGGGACUCAGCUGCUGACAGAGAAAAAGCAGAUUUUGGAGAGAUGGGCUGAAUACUUCAACCAGGUCCUCAACCCACCCUGCCGAAAUCAAUGAUGAGGCCAUUGCUCGCCUACCUCAGGUGGAGAUCAACCUGGACCUUGACAACCUCCCCACAGAAGAAGAAGUCAGAAAGGCCAUCAGGCAACUUUCUUGUAGCAAAGCACCAGGAUCAGAUGCAAUCCCUGCUGAAGUCUACAAAACAGGAGGCCCAUUCAUGAUGCAGAAGCUGACUGAGCUCUUCCAGUCUAUAUGGAACGAAGGAAAGGUCCCCCAACAGUUGAAAGAUGCCAGCAUAGUCCACAUCUGCAAGAGGAAAGGCAACUGCCAGUCUUGUGACAAUCACCAAGGCACCUCCCUCCUGUCCAUAGCUGUGAAGAUCUUGGCUCGCGUCCUGCUUAAUCGCCUUCUCCAACACCUUGAGCAAGGUCUCCUCCCAGAAAGCCAGUGUGGCUUCUGUGCAGAGCGUGGAACU